UUAAAACAUGGCAACCAAAUGUAGACGGGAAGAUAAAACUGAACAACAAAGCUAAAAUCAAGUGUAUCCCCAGGUAAAAUGCUUUCAUUUGAAAUGGCUUGGUCUGAUGAGCUUCAGUUACAGGGCAAGAGGAAGGUAGCUAUGCACAGGAGUUGCAUCUACGGGCAGUGUCACCAAACCCCACUACUGGCCACAGCGUGGAGGGUGACAUUACCUAGUGCAGCAGGUGAACUCAUAGUCGGGGGGGGGGAACUUUCAAACAUGUCUCAGCAUUAGCCCCAUGGAAGAUGGCUAUAGACUCCCGUAGCUAUAGAGGGUCCUGGUUUCUAGGAAAGAUUAUUUGCAUCCCAAAGCUGGUAGCUCAGGCCCUGUCCUUAGGCCAUGAGGCAAGUACGGUUUUUUUAAUGAGUGCCACAUUGGAAUGCAGUUACUUUCUGCACGUUUCUGGAGGAAGAUAUUUCUAACCAUGUUAUAUUUUAUUCCCGUUUACAGAAUACACGUUGUGGAGACAGGAUGAAGCUGACCAGUGAAAAGUUGCCCAUGAACCCCGCUUAUACGUCUCUCAUAACCCAGUAUGCUUUUAAGAACCAAAAAUUAUUCCAAUGGAGAAAGGAAAAGACUGAUCGUUACAGCCACGCUGCUUUGGUGGACAAAGCGUUGCAGCUCUUGAAUGAAAGAAUCAGAAGAGGGGACACUAUGGCAUAUUUCCUACGAGGUCAACUCUAUUUUGAAGAGGGAUGGUAUGAAGAAGCAUUACAACAGUUUGAAGAAAUCAAGGAGAAAGAUCAUCAAGCAAUUUACCAGCUAGGAGUAAUGUAUUAUGAUGGGCUGGGGACACCUGUAAAUGCUGAAAAAGGAAUGGAAUAUAUGAAGAAAAUUGUUGAGUCUCCAUGUCCCAAAGCAAGACAUUUACAAUUUGCAGCUGCAUACAACCUUGGACGAGCUUAUUACGAAGGAAAAGGUGUCAAACGAUCAGAUGAAGAAGCUGAAAGACUGUGGCUUUUUGCUGCAGACAAUGGAAACCCGAAAGCUAGUGUGAAGGCUCAGAGUAUCCUAGGGUUAUAUUACUCAACAAAGGAGCCUAAAGAGCUAGAGAAGGCAUUUUAUUGGCAUUCCGAAGCAUGUGGCAAUGGAAAUCUGGAAUCCCAAGGUGCACUUGGUCUCAUGUACUUUCAUGGACAAGGCAUCCGCCAGGACAUGGAAGCUGCCCUGCACUGCUUAAGGGAAGCAGCGGAACGUGGAAAUGUCUAUGCCCAAGGGAAUCUCGUGGAGCAUUACUAUAAGAUGAAAUUUUUCACAAAGUGUGCUACAUUUUCCAAAAGGAUUGCUGAUUAUGACGAGAUGCAUGACAUCCCCAUGAUAGCCCAGGUCACGGACUGCCUCCCGGAGUUCAUCAUCAGAGGCAUGACCUUGGCCUCUUUCUACCAUGCACGCUGUCUUCAGCUUGGCUUGGGUAUCACCAAGGAUGAAGCAAGAGCUAAACACUAUUAUUCUAAAGCCUGUCGUCUGAACCCCGCGCUGGCAGACGAGCUCCACUCUCUACUUGUCCGUCAGAGGAUUUAGACCACAAUGCGCCUCAGCAGCCAUCAUCAACCCUGGAAC